AUGGUAAUGAACAGAAUGCAGGAUCUCUUUGUACAAAACAUUUCUGUAAAAAAUUUCAAACUGAAUUGUUUUCAUGAUUUGGAAGAAUGGAGACCUAUGCUAUUCAUCCCAUAUUUUCUGUUGUUUUUGUUGUCAGUUUGUGGAAACUCUGUUCUUGUGUAUCUAAUAAUAACACAGAGGGCUUUGCACUCUCCUAUGUUUGUACUAAUUGGUCUUAUGGCAGUUGUGGACUUGUGUUCACCAAUGCUCUUUGUACCUCAUAUGUUGUUUAGCUUUUUAUUUGACUGGAAUGGUAUUUCAUUUGCUGGCUGUCUGAUACAAAUGUUUUGCAUUCAUUAUUCAGGGACAUUCCAGUCUACUUUAUUGUUGGCAAUGGCCCUGGAUCGUUACUUUGCUAUUUGCAGACCCCUUUUUUAUCACAAGUAUAUGGAAAUAUGUAACUUUUUAAAGUUCAUUGGCAUUCCAUUAAUCAGAAAUGGAAUCUUAAUUACCACAGUAGUUUGUCUGGCAGCAAGACUAUCUUACUGUGCAAAUAAUGUGAUAGACCAUUGUUUUUGUGAACAUAUGGCAUUGGUACAGUUGGCAUGUGGAGAUAUUAAAAUUAACAACUUAGUAGGACUUUUGACAGCCUUCUUUAUACCUACCUUAGAUUUUGUUUUCAUUGCUGUGUCUUAUAUAAUAAUAUUCAUCACUGCUCUAAAAUCUGGUAAGGCUCAUUUAAAGGCUCUUAAUACUUGUAUUACUCAUAUAAUUGUUAUCACUUUUACACUAUUUUUUGCCAUGAUUUCUUUUAUGCUAUAUAGAGUAAGAAAUGAUUUCUCUCCAAGCAGCCGUGUAUUUAUGAGCACAAUGUAUUUACUUUUUCCAAGCUGUUUUAACCCUAUAAUUUAUGGACUGAGAACAAAAGAAAUAAGGCAACAGUUUCUGAAAUUAAUAGAUUUCAUACAUUUUUGA